AUGACAAAACCCGGCCUUGGCUGCUGCAACUCACGGCAAUGGCCUACUCAUACUUCGCUGAUUUGGACACGGCGACUCAAGCCCGGUUACUCACUGCUGCUCCUGGCACUCGGCUAUCUCUCGCAAACGAUAAACGGUCGGUUUUUUAUGCUCGCUGAACGGAAAUCGCACUACUACUGCUUGAUGCCAAUGCUCGAGGACCCCGACUGCUUUGAUAAAAGCCUCAAACGGUUGCCGUUAUUCUCGUACGAGCCCAAAAGGGCUGCCGCUACUGAACAUAAAACAAACGGGCCUGCUGUCACGCGAAUAACGGCCAGUGGGUUGUUGCCAUUCUGGCUCUCUUCUCCAGCGAUGGCGAGGACUGAGAUGAACUCGGCGACGACGAACAGAGACCGUCGGAUUUCUGCUGCUACUUCUCGGAACCUAACUGUUGUUGCCGUUUCUCGCACGGACGGAAUCUGCCCGUCGUUAAAAAGAACUCCGGGCGGUGAUGAGAAGAAUCGAAUUUCUCUCCCCGCAAGCACACAGCAGACGACGAUUGGAAGUUUAGGAUUGGGUGCAUGCCCACGUCUCUAUGAGAUACUUGCACGACCCCGAGUAUGUGGUAGACUUUGGCGAGCUUCGGGUCGGGUAGAGCCUGACUUGCGAGGAGAUAUCGAUAGCCGUAAUGGACCAGAGGGUCCACCAGUUGAGGAGCUUGGUAGUGUCGCUCAUCAAAGUCCAGCGCAGCCGCCAUGGCGAGGCCGACGCAACUUGGGAUAG